GCGCAUGGACUGGUCGAAGGGAAGGAAGCGGUCUGCCGUGGACAAAACAUCCUCAACACGUUUUCCCAUCUCCAACCAAACCCCUACCACCAGGAGGGCCUGCUGCCAGUCUCCAGAAGGGCAGUGAAUUGCCAAUUCCGAAGAGGGUAGCAAAUUUGCCAGUCCUAGAGGCGGCGGCCACACGUAAAAUUUUUUGGGAGCGUCGCACGUGGUCUUGCAGAUACAGACCUGAAUAUAUCGCCUGCGCGAAAGUGAAGUCCCCUGGAAACACAGCUGGCCGAAGGGAAGGAAGCGGUCUGUCGUGGAUAAAACAUCCUCGACACGUUUUCCCAUCUCCAACCAAACCCCUACCACCAGGAGGGCUUGCUACCAGUCUCCAGAAGGGCAAUGAAUUGUCAGUUCCAAAGAGGGUAGCAAAUUUGCCA